AUGCUGAAAAAUUCGGUCAUAUUCCCAACAGUGCAUGCGUAUAACACCCACAUUUCACCAUCUCGUUCCCGAUCCGCUGCAAAAUCCAAGUCAAAAUCCAAAUCGGACCCGACCUCUGCGUCUACUCCGCUCGUAACCUACAGUACCCAACACACCAGCCACCAUUACAACUACAACCACAGUAGCACGACGACGACGAAUGGAGUUGGCAUCACCACGACCUCAUCUGCUUCUGUGAUACAGAUUGCGGAGACGAAUCCGCGCCCAGUGUUGAUUCAGCUGGCACCACCACCUCCGCCCCGGACGAGAAGGAAGAGAGUGGAUGCGUUUGCAGCUGAACCUGGACCUGGAACGUCCAUGCCCAUCCGUGAGCGGAGUAGAACGGACGUCCCUCGUUCUGUGUCGAUUUCUGUGUCGGGAACGACGACGACAUCUAGGUUUGGUGAUCCGAGCGUCAGGUACUCCAGCGAGGGAGAUAGGAUCGGAUUGGGAGAUGCAUUGGAUGGCUUGGAUGCUUAUUCGUAUUCCAAUCCGAAUUCGUACACAUAUCAGCAUCAGCAACACCCGGGUUACGAUGAAACGACGUUCAACGAUGUGCAAAAUUCUGCUGCGGCUUACAAUGCUAGGAGGAUUAGCCAACCUAUCACGCUGACAUAUGAGCCACCUGUGAUGUCCGGUGGGCUUUCCAUGCUCGAAACAACCGAAACGGAAGGAGAGGCCCAUGAAGAUGAGGAAGAUGAAGAUUUUGAGGAUGUUAUGGAGGAAGAUGAUAUGGCAGGCCACGAAGAUGGAGGAAUCAGAGUGGGGAUGUAUAUGGAGGAUUUGGAAGGGGACCUGGCUUUGGAAGAUGAAAUGCAGAAAGCGCUGUCGCGGUCGAGUUCGAUGGCAACGUCCAUGUCGGGACUGAGCACCGGACGACGAAGAGGACAUGCGCGAACGCACAGUAUGACGAAGCGUCACGUCGCUGCAACUGGCGGAACUAGCGGCACCAAAGCGGCAUCGAACAAGCCGAAAUCGAGUACGAAAUCGAAGCCAAAGUCCAAGUCGUCGAAGGCUAAGAAGGCGGCGGCGGAGGACCCGGGGAUGUAUAUCCGCAAGCGUGGGUCGAUGCCUAUUCCGCCCUCAGCAACGAAGAGGCUUUUUGGAUUCGAAUUCGGGUGGGAACAUCAUGCACAAGGGUCAGCGAAUUCUCUUGGUGCUGCUGUGGGCAGAAGAGGAAGACGUCAGAGUGCGGGUGUUGUGAAGAAGGGGGACGAUGUGGGGGAAAAGGGGGUUGAGAGAGGGCAAGAGUCAAGUUUUAUGGACUUGCAAGGGACGGGAAUAGGGGCGAAUGCGAGCACGGCGGUGGCGGUGGCGGUGGGUGUAACGACUAGGAAGCUAAAGAGACAUUCUACGCCAGCUGGGUCGAUUUAUGCGCGCUCGGUCAUCGGUGGUGGUGUGAAGAGGAAGCAGGAAAAAUGGGAAGAGGUGUUUGGCAUUGGAACGCCUCAGGCUCCUUCUGUGGUCGCACCUACGAUGGUGAAGAUGGAGAAGGAGAACGGAGUGAUAGCUGCAGGGAUGAAGAAGUUGAAGAAGAAGAGGUCGCAGUCGGUGACGAGGCCUGAUCAUACCGACGAUGUCAACCCUUCAGCACGGGCUGGAAUCUUGCCUGAUCUUCCUGUAGCAAAGACAUCGAACUCAAGGUCUUCAGCGUUGCCGAAUGGUAUGAGCUCCAACUCUAAUUUCAAGAUUCCCGCCUCUCCUUCGGGACCUAGCACUUGCGAUAGCGGAUACGGAGAUCACAGGAGCUCGAGACACGCCAACAGGGCGAGCUUAGGGAGCGGGUCGAGUAUACGCAGAGGGUUGCAGUUGAAGAGAAGCUUCAAGUUGAGCGUAGGAAGGACGUUGGGUCCUGGGUUGACGCUUGCAUCAGCGGGGGUGGGUGGGGGGGAGGAGUGGGAAGAGCACAGGAGGAAAGCAGAUAGGGAGAGGGGGGACGCGGAGAGGAGGGAACGUCAAUCAGAUGAGACUAUACCAACGGAUGAAGAUGCGGAUGUUGAUGUUGAUGGAGAGAUCAGAUCCAUCGCAGCUGCACGACUGGUCUCAGCGUCAAUUGCGAGGGCGACGCCGGCUGCAACCAUCGUCACUGCACCAUCGUCUGCUGGCCUCAGUACUCCUUCACCCCCACCAUCUGCCUACCAGGCUAAACCCAGGUCUUCGCCCAUUGAUAUUGCGUACCCCACUUUGAGCAGCAUGCAACAAGGUGCAGGCGCGGCUCGCCCAGUACUUCCAGCUAUUGUCACUUCUCCUAUCACCAUUCCUAUCCCUACACCUUCAGCUAUUCCUUUCCCGCUCUCAGCUCCGGCAUCGCGCAGACAGGGGAAUGGAUCCUCUCCUGACGCCCAAUCUCCUAGCAGGCAACAGCCGCAUACCAGUGCCAGCACGUGGAUGCCCCAUCCAUUCGCCGAUGCGAUUGAGCAGCCAAUGCCAAAUGUGUCGAGCAGUAAAUCAUACAUGACGUCCGCCUCAGACGGCCGCAGUGGAGCGAGCGUUGACGACGACGUUGUACAGCUCGAGCGUGAGAUGGAAGAGAUUAGGGGACGGAGAGGGAAUGGUGCGAAUGCGAUGGAUUCGCCUACGACUCAGCUGAGAGAGUUUGCGGAGAUGGCGGCUGCCCAAGCUGGGGAGUCGAUGUCAAUUUGUGCACCCACUCCAUCGCCAGGAUUGAGCUCGAGUAUGACGCCGAGUGUGACCAGCAUGUUCGCACUUGCUCAUGCGCAGGCACAGAAUGCUGCUCCAGCUCCUCCGGCUCAGACACAACCUAUGGACAAGGAGAAGGAAAAGGCCAAGAUGAAGUUGUUUGGCGGCGGCCAUUUCCAGAAACGCCUUGCGCUAUCGUCACCUCCAGUGUCCAAAUCGGACUGGGGACCCCAAUCAUCAGGAGCCGGGAAUACUGGUUCGAGUGGUGGAUUCCUGUACCGAUUUCCGAUGAUCUUCCCUAACACUUUCGCUGGAUCGCCGCCUGAUUCGAGACCCGCAGUAAAUGGAGGCGGAAACGCGCAAACUAAUCACCCAGUUCCGCGACCGAGUACUCCUCGAGGUGGAUCCACUCUGCGUCUAUCGGCCAUGGAAACAGUGCGGAGCACUUUCGCCAUUGUUGGUGCGAGGAUGAGCAAUGCCACGUCGCGCAUGAGCGUGACUAGCUCGACUGGGGCGUCGUUGAGAAAUGGAGGAGGACAUGGGUUCGGAGAAAUGGUGUUGGAGGAUAUAGAUGGAGAUUUUAUGGACCUCCGUGAUCCGUUCGCGUCACCGCCACCGGCUUCGAAUAUAGCUACCGUCGCCAUACCCUCGUCCUUGCAGGGUAGGAAGCAUUCUGGGAAGGUUCCGCGCGGUGAUGGAGAUGUAGAUCGGAACGUACUGGAGGAGGCUGACGCGCUGAAGAGGAAGAUGAGCACGUGGGGGCGAUUACCCAUGCCUGCAUCAACGUCAGCCGCUGGGAAUGGGAGCUCGACGGUGUCUGGGACGGCUCACAAGAGGCACAGUUUCGUGAAUGGACGGCCGGUUGUGCGUGUAGUGGGCAAACCUUCUUCUGGGCAUCAUAGGAAGCACAAAAAGGAGAAGAGGUCGCGCAAGGUGACCUUGCCUAGCAUGUCGAGUGCGAUGGGUCCGGUGAAGGUUGGCUCGCCGGAGGAUGCGGAUUUCGGUCUUGAAGAGGCACUUCUGUCGCAGAGGUUGUUGAACCGGCUGGAUUCGGGCGAUUGGGAGAGUCGGGUGUAG